AUUUCAACUCAAAGUUGCCCCUAGCUUCUCUCAACUCACAUAAGUUGUUUAAUCCGAAAGAUUCAUAUCAAAGCCACCACCUUACACAGCCACCACACAUUUUCAAGUUGCCGCAUAUAAUACCAAAAGCAUUUAUUCAUAUCAUUGUUCAUUCAUUAGUUAACAAAAAAGUUGUUACUUUUUUUAUUAGUGUUGUACAAUAAUGAUUUGCCAACACAUUCAACCAACUUUAUUGCAAGUACCCACCGGAGGAAGAGAGGCACCGGUGAUCCGGUGCCACCCACCUAAGGAAAAGGUGGUGGUUGUCAUGGGCGCCACCGGCACCGGAAAAUCAAGGCUCUCGAUCGACCUCGCCCAACGAUACACCGGCGAGAUUAUCAAUUCGGAUAAGAUACAAAUGUAUGAGGGUUUAGAGAUAGCCACUAAUAAAAUCACCGAAGAAGAGUGUGCGGGGGUACCCCACCACCUUCUCGGGAUAGUGGACCCAGAGACAGACUUCACCGCGGGGAACUUUGCCACUACUGCGUCCCUCGCGAUGAAGUCAAUAGUUGGGAGAGGUAAGCUCCCGAUUAUUGCGGGAGGAUCAAAUUCUUUUAUUGAAGCAUUGAUUGAUGAUCGGAAUUACGAAUUUCGUGCACGUUACGAUGUUUGUUUCUUGUGGGUCGACGUUGUAAUGCCGGUGCUCCAUCGGUUUGUUUUUGAUAGGGUUGACCGGAUGGUCGCCUCGGGAAUGGUGGAAGAAGUUAGAAAAAUGUAUAAGCCUAAUGCGGAUUACACGAAAGGGAUUCGACGAGCAAUCGGGGUACCCGAAUUCGAUUCUUAUUUUCGGGCAGAAUAUUCGUCUUCCACUGAUAAAAAAACGCGCACAAAAUUAUUAGAAAAAGCCAUUAAUGACACGAAAAUAAAUACAUUUUUACUAGCCCAACGUCAACUCAAGAAAAUUCAUAGGCUACGAAAUGAUAAAGGGUGGAACAUUCAUCGGCUCGACGCCACCCCUUAUUUUCUAAAUAGAGACAGUGGAGCUGAUGAGUCAUGGGAGGAGGCAGUGGCGGGCCCAGGAUCGGUGAUUGUAAACCAAUUCUUGUUCAACUUUGGUCAUUCGCGGAGCUUUGUUACCACGGUAGACAAUGACUAUAUAGCGACUAAAAGACCGGCGGCGAUGGUUGGCGCGUCUCGUUAAUAAGGGCAAAUCCAGUGUACGAAGCUCCUGCAUGCGUGGGGUCCGGGGUGUGAUAGAAGGAAUAAUAUUGUGGGGCCCUAAUAUUAUUCCCAUGACAAAAGUUGACGGACAUAUAUUGACAAAUUUUUGCAUGAAUAACAGAAUAAGAAUACAGUAGUUGAGUGGAUUUUACAUUUUUGUCCCGGACAUGUGUAUGCAUUGUUAGCUUGUACUGUACAACUAACGAUGCUGUUUGCAUGAUUUUGGGUGAAAUCUCCUACCCCUGUCAUUUUUUAUUUUUUUUUUGUAAUUUCUCUUUGAUUAGAAAUAAUAAAGUUGCUUUGUUUUGGGGUAGAGCCCAACUCAAAGUGUGUGAUUUAUUUUA